AUGGCCGGUUGGGUUCAUGGAUUCAUGCUGUUGACACCAAAGUCUGACCCAACCAUCUGCAUGCUUCAACAGAAAUCCAGAUUCAUCAGACCAGGUUGUCAUGGCGGUGUGUACCAGAGGAAGCUGUACCGCGAUCUCAUGGUCAACUACAAUCGGCUGGAGAGACCCGUCCAGAACGACUCUGCACCCAUCGUGGUGGACCUCGGCCUCACGCUGCUACAAAUCAUUGAUGUGGAUGAAAAGAACCAAGUGUUGAUCACAAAUGCCUGGCUGCAGCUGUACUGGACAGACAUUUACCUUUCAUGGAACCCAGAGAACUACCCUGGGGUUCAGAACCUUCGCUUCCCUUCUAAUCUGAUAUGGGUCCCAGAUAUCCUCCUCUACAACAGUGCUGAUGAGAGGUUUGACGCUACGUUCCAUACUAAUGUGCUGGUCAAUGCUUCAGGAUCCUGCCAGUACAUCCCACCAGGCAUUUUGAAGAGUACCUGCUACAUCGAUGUCCGGUGGUUCCCAUUCGAUGUACAGAAGUGUGACCUGAAGUUUGGCUCCUGGACUCACAACGGCUGGUUGCUGGACCUCCAGAUGAUGGACGUAGACAUCUCCACCUACAUACCCAAUGGGGAAUGGGACCUUGUAGGCGUUCCAGCGAAGCGUAAUGAGCUGUACUACGACUGCUGUAAAGAACCCUACCCCGAUGUGACGUUCACAGUCACCAUGCGCCGCAGGACACUUUACUACGGCCUCAACCUGCUCAUCCCCUGUGUGCUAAUCUCUGGUCUGGCACUGCUGGUCUUCCUGCUCCCUGCUGACUCCGGAGAGAAGAUCUCACUGGGCAUCACAGUGCUGCUGUCUCUAACCGUUUUCAUGUUACUGGUAGCAGAGAUCAUGCCUGCCACUUCAGACUCGGUUCCUCUGAUUGCUCAGUACUUUGCUAGCACCAUGAUGAUUGUGGGCUUGUCUGUGGUGGUAACAGUCCUUGUACUACAGUUCCACCACCAUGACCCCCGCGGAGGGAAGAUGCCUAAAUGGGUUCGAGUCAUCCUCCUCAACUGGUGUGCUUGGUUCCUCCGCAUGAAGAAGCCUGGAGAGGAAAGCAAGACAGUUGUGAGCUCCAGUAGCCCCCCAAACUACAAGUACUCCCACCCUUCUCCUCACCACACCAGCACCAGCAGCAUUCAGAUGAGCACCAUAACAGGCCAGGCAUCCACCCAGUCCAGCACGACCAACGGGAACAUGAACCUGUACUUUGGCUACCACUCAAUGGGCACAGACAACCCUGCUUUCCCACCAAGCACUGAUUCAAGUGUGGUGGUGUGCGGCAGUGGCGGUGGAGGAGGCAGCCACCCGAACGGCUCAUCCCCGCACGACAUUCACUCAGAGCAGACGCGAACUUUGCUGCUGGAGCAGGUUCCGGAAAUUUCCCAGAUCCUGGAGGAAGUGCAGUACAUUGCGAGGCGCUUCCGAGAGCAGGACGAGGGCGAGGCGAUCUGCAGCGAGUGGAAGUUUGCAGCGGCGGUGGUGGAUAGGUUAUGCCUGGUGGCCUUCUCGCUCUUCUCCAUCAUCUGCACCUUCACCAUUCUCAUGUCAGCUCCCAAUUUCAUUGAGGCUGUGUCCAAAGACUUCACAUAA